AUGGGACUAGAACAAAGAUCUCAGAUUACAGACGUUCAGUUCACAGCUUCUACAAGUUAUGAUUUUAGUACUGUAGCUAAUCAAGCUAGAUUAAACAAUGUUGCCAAUGGUCGCAUGGUUGGAGCCUGGAUACCAAGAUUCAAAGAUGACCAACAAUGGAUCCAAAUUGAUCUCCUUCACCCCAAAAACAUCACUGGUAUUGUGACUCAAGGUCGACCAGGUCAUAAUCAGUGGGUUAAAUCCUACAUAGUCCGUACUAGUUUGGACGGCGUAAACUUUAUCCCAAUCACUGACUUUGGCAAAACAACACCACUUAUAUUUGCUGGAAAUAUUGACCACGAAACACCCAAAACACAAAUUUUUGGUCAAAAAAUCUCUGCCCGCUUUGUUCGAGUUUACCCAGUAACUUUUGAGACUUCCAUUGCCCUGCGACUGGAACUUUUAGGGUGCUUUGUACCUGCAGUCACAGGAACAGGAACAACAUCUACCACCACACAGACUACUGGUUCAACCCCUGUUACCCCACCUCUUAGUAAGUUUCUGGUUACAUUUAAUAUUUGGUCUGAAGCAUUUGAAUUAUGA